CGGGUGGCUUUGCGGGCGCUCGCGGUAAGUUUGCGCCAAGUGCGCGGCAGCCGGGACGCAGACGGCGGCGGCGGCGAGAGGCGGAGCCCGGGGACCACCCCCCAUCACCCUCCCCCCAGUCACCUCACGUACCACAACCUCACCUAACCUCUCACCCCCCCCUCCGAUACCCCCAACCCCGGGAUGGCAGCGCCCGCCAGCCUUCCCGGCCGGACCAGCAGUCGCCAGCGCCGGCUUUAGCCUGUGGGACUAGGCCCCGCCGAGGCCUGACCCCCGGAGCCGGGACCCACCGUGCAGCCAGCCACCGGGCCGGGGCUGAGGGGCCGCUCCCCCCUCACGGCCCGUGGGGAGGACGCUGCCGUCCCGGGGACUGGGGGCCGGGGGGUGGGGGGGAGCCCGGGCGAGGAAGUCGGGACCCGUGUUGAGAAAAAAGAAGAGGGGCCGGGGUCAGGAGCGCCCCCUCCCCCCGCUUCCCCCCUCCCUCUGGGGCUGGGGGGGCCGGAGCAGAGAGCGCCCAGCCCGGGAGGUGGAUGAAUGUGGGAGAAAAUGGAGACCAAGACGAUCGUGUACGACUUGGACACGUCGGGGGGGCUGAUGGAGCAAAUCCAAGCUCUGCUGGCUCCCCCCAAGACGGACGAGGCGGAAAAGCGGAGUCGGAAGCCUGAGAAGGAGCCCCGGAGAAGCGGCAGGGCCACCAACCACGACAGCUGCGAUAGCUGCAAGGAAGGUGGGGAUCUCCUGUGCUGCGACCACUGCCCGGCCGCCUUCCACCUCCAGUGCUGUAACCCUCCACUGAGUGAAGAGAUGUUGCCUCCUGGGGAGUGGAUGUGUCACCGGUGCACUGUUCGCCGAAAGAAACGAGAGCAGAAAAAGGAGCUGGGCCAUGUCAAUGGACUGGUGGACAAAUCUGGCAAACGGACUACAUCCCCCAGCAGUGACACUGACUUGUUGGACAGAUCCGCUAGCAAAACUGAACUCAAGGCCAUUGCCCACGCCCGGAUCCUGGAGAGGAGGGCCAGCCGACCUGGCACACCCACAUCCAACGCCAGCACAGAGACCCCCACCUCUGAGCAGAACGACGUCGACGAGGACAUCAUUGACGUGGACGAGGAGCCAGUGGCAGCAGAGCCGGACUAUGUGCAGCCCCAGCUGAGGCGGCCUUUUGAGCUGCUGAUCGCUGCUGCCAUGGAGCGGAACCCCACCCAAUUUCAGUUGCCCAAUGAACUGACUUGUACCACUGCACUACCAGGUUCUAGCAAGAGGAGAAGAAAGGAGGAGACCACAGGGAAAAACGUUAAGAAGACACAGCACGAGUUAGAUCACAAUGGUCUCGUUCCCUUACCGGUCAAAGUCUGCUUCACGUGUAACAGGAGUUGCCGCGUGGCCCCUCUCAUCCAGUGUGACUAUUGCCCCCUCUUGUUCCACAUGGACUGCCUCGAGCCGCCGCUCACUGCCAUGCCUCUGGGCAGAUGGAUGUGUCCGAAUCACAUCGAACAUGUGGUGCUGAACCAGAAGAAUAUGACACUGAGCAAUCGGUGCCAGGUGUUCGACCGUUUCCAGGACACCAUUUCACAGCACGUCGUCAAAGUGGACUUCCUGAACCGAAUCCACAAGAAACACCCUCCUAAUCGCCGGGUGCUCCAGUCGGUCAAAAGAAGAAGUUUGAAGGUUCCCGAUGCUAUAAAAUCUCAGUACCAGUUUCCACCCCCUCUCAUUGCAUCCGCGGCCAUUCGGGAUGGGGAGCUGAUCUGCAAUGGGAUCCCUGAGGAAUCACAGACACACCUUUUGAACUCUGAGCACUUAGCCACCCAGGCAGAGCAGCAAGAGUGGCUCUGUAGUGUUGUUGCGCUCCAGUGCAGCAUAUUGAAACAUUUAUCUGCUAAGCAGAUGCCUUCGCAUUGGGACUCUGAACAGACAGAGAAGGCUGAUAUUAAGCCUGUUAUUGUGACUGACAGCUCAAUUACCACCUCCCUGCAAACAGCUGACAAGGCACCUACACCUUCCCACCACCCCCUGUCGUGCCCCUCAGGGAUUAACACCCAGAAUUCCCUGAGCUGCUCUCCACCCUAUCAGCCCCCAGCCCUAGAGGACAUCAGCUGCAGUUCUUGUGCGGAAAAAUCCAAGAAAGCCUCCUGUGGGACUGCCAACGGGCCAGUGAACACAGAGGUGAAAGUCAAUGGCCCACACCUCUACAGCAGCCCCACUGACUCCACAGACCCCCGGCGACUUCCAGGCACCAACACCCCUCUACCAGGCCUCUCACACCGGCAGGGCUGGCCCCGGCCCCUCACGCCACCAGCGGCUGGGGGGCUUCAGAACCACACUGUCGGCAUCAUUGUGAAGACAGAGAAUGCCACUGGCCCCAGCUCUUGCCCCCAGAGGAGUUUGGUUCCUGUCCCAAGCCUGCCCCCUUCGAUUCCCAGCUCUUGUACCAGCAUCGAGAACACCAGCACUUUGCAAAGAAAGACUGUCCAAUCACAGAUAGGACCUCCGUUGACAGAUUCAAGGCCACUGGGCUCACCCCCAAAUGCCACCCGGGUGCUCACUCCCCCCCAAGCAACAGGAGACGGUAUCUUAGCCACAGGGGCCAACCAACGAUUCUGCUCACCAGCGCCAUCAUCAGAUGGCAAGGUCAGCCCCGGCACGUUAUCCAUAGGAAGCGCUUUAACCGUACCCUCUUUCCCAGCCAACUCUACUGCCAUGGUGGACCUCACCAACUCACUUCGAGCAUUUAUGGAUGUCAAUGGAGAAAUCGAGAUAAAUAUGCUGGACGAGAAGCUGAUCAAGUUUCUGGCCUUGCAGAGAAUACAUCAGCUUUUCCCCUCCCGGCUCCAAGCUUCACCGGGCAGUGUCGGGACACAUCCGCUGGCUUCCGGAGGGCACCACACAGAAGUGCAAAGAAAGGAGAUACAGGCCCGAGCUGUGUUCUACCCUCUCUUAGGGUUGGGAGGAGCUGUGAACAUGUGCUAUCGAACCCUCUACAUCGGGACAGGAGCUGAUAUGGACGUGUGCCUUACAAACUAUGGUCACUGUAACUACGUGUCCGGGAAACAUGCCUGCAUAUUCUACGAUGAGAAUACCAAACAUUAUGAGCUGUUAAACUACAGUGAGCACGGGACAACGGUGGACAAUGUGCUGUAUUCAUGUGACUUCUCUGAGAAGACCCCGCCAACCCCCCCAAGCAGUAUUGUUGCCAAAGUGCAAAGUGUCAUCAGGCGCCACCGGCACCAGAAACAGAAUGAAGAGCCGCCAAGUGAGGAGACAGCCAUGAUGAGCUCCCAGGCCCAGGGGCCACACCGGAAACCCUGCAACUGCAAAGCCAGCAGCUCGAGCUUGAUUGGGGGCAGUGGGGCCGGCUGGGAGGGCACGGCCUUGCUGCACCAUGGCAGCUACAUCAAGCUGGGGUGCCUGCAGUUCGUCUUCAGCAUCACUGAGUUUGCGACCAAACAGCCCAAAGGUGAUGCCGGCCUGCUGCAGGAUGGGGUCUUGGCUGAGAAGCUUUCCCUCAAGCCCCACCAGGGUCCUGUGCUGCGCUCUAACUCCAUUCCCUAGGGCUGGCGGCUACCCCGCCACCUACCUGUCCCACCCACCCAAGACUCCUGCAAUGCAAAAAUGUACACAAACCAAGCCCGGGUUUUUUUUUAUACUCCACCAGGAACCCUUCAACUACAAUCUUUGCAUGAAAUGAAGAAAACCUUUUGACUUUUUUAAAAAUCCUUUUUCUUUUCUCAAGUUCUAGGGGGCAUUUGCACAUAUAUUUGUACUCAACAUUUCAUGGGAAAGCGGCAGACCUGAGCUGAGGAGCAGCGAGGGCAGGGAGGGGAGGCCGAUGGUCUGGACACUUCCUCCAACACAAAAACCGUUCCCCACCCACCUCCUGCUCCCUCUCCCUCGCCUGCCAUUGUAAAAUAAUCAGAAACUUGUUCUAUUUUGUGGCAGUGACAAUAGUUUUAUAUUAAAAGAAAAAAAUACAGUUUUCAUACAGCAAAAUCUAUACAAUAUCAUUGUUUUAUUUAAUAUAAAGAUCGCUACCCACCCUCCUUCCAUGGCUCCCACCCUCCAGGUUAUUUUCCCUUCUGCAGCGGUUGCACUACAGGUAGCUACUGUGUAUUAUGGACAAAUGAGAAAUGAAUUCUUUUUCUGGCUGUCCAUCUAUUUUAUUUCAAAUAAGGAAAAGUGUAUUUGGAUUUUGUGUAAAUACAUCUAGUGAUGACAUUUUUUCAAUGUUUUUAAAAACUGUGUACAGUACUACAUGUGGUAGAGCGUUUUCUUCAAAUUGUCUAUUGUAGCAAAAACGUUUUUGUCGUAAACCUGUUUUGUCUCCUUUUUUUGUUCUCUUGCCACUUCUCUUCCUCCCAUCCCUGGCUCCCUUCUCUCCUUCCACCCCGACAACUAGUACCAAUGUACAUAGUAAUUGUAAUGUUUUAGACUUUACAGAAACUUUCCUGUAUUCUGUAUAUAAAAAACAAAAAUACUUCAAAUUAUGUUUUCUGCCUGUCUGUCCUACCUGUCAUCACCCCUAAAGGGGACCCUCCCUUGGAUCCUGGUCACACAGGUGAGGGAGCCUUUGAAACAGGUCUCAUUCCCAGAUGCUCAGUCCCCGGGGGAAAUCAGGAGAGGGUAGGUAUUGGAGGAAAGGAGCCUAAGGUGGGUGGGGAAAAAUGGAAGGGUAGGGUGCACUUGCUAGGGUGGGGGCUAUAGUAUGGCUUUAUGGGUGACAUGAGAGUUUAGAGGGCUUGGUCAUUUGGCAGGAUCAGAUUCUGCAAGAAUCCAAGAGUGUGUAGGUUCCUGAACUGUGGGACAGGAGUCCCUGUACCUGCUGGCUCCAAAACCAAGACAAAGUGAAGCUAGUACAAGACCUCUGCCUUCUGGACUGGAGGCAUUAGCCUAAGGAGUCGGGGCUGCCUUUGAUUCCAAGUGUUUGCUAAUCAUAUUUAUCUCCUAUUCUGGGAGAGGUCUAAACACCUGGUUGUACUUUCCCCCCACCUCA